GGACGCAAGCGGAGCAAGGGACUAGGCAUCAGACUACUGGAAGAGGAGGAUCUGCAGACUGGGCCUUGCAUCAAGAUCUAACAGCACUGUUCAGUUCAUCAGGACCUGAAUGUUGUUGGACAGAGAGUGUGGAAAAACUUCAAACAGUUUGACUGCAGGAGCACCAUGACACGUACACACACACACUGAGUCAGAGUGUCCCAGUGCAUUGACUCGAAGAAUCUUACACAACCUGAAAAAUUGGAGCAUGGGCCAGAGUAACCAGAAACUGAGUUUGUAUUCUGCGUGAGAACAAGAUUUCAACCAUCCCGGAAUUUCCCAAGGACAGCUGCAGCAUGGAAAAAGCAUGGAAAUAUGGCGACUGUAGGAAAGGAUUAAAGUACAUUUCUCAGCUGGACACUCGUCAACAAACUUGCACUGGAGGGAGACCAUUCACCUGUUCCUUAUGUGGGAAAGGAUUCACUCAGUCAUCCACUCUGCUGAGACACCAGUCCGUUCACACUGGGGAGAGACCAUUCAGUUGCUCUGUGUGUGGGAAAAGAUUCACUCAGUCAUCCACACUGCUGAGACACCAGUCUGUUCACACAGGGGAGAGGCCCUUCACCUGCUCCUUGUGUGGGAAGGGAUUCACUUCUUCAUCCCAUCUCAAUGAACAUCAGCUGGUUCACUCUGAGAAGAGACCUUUUCGGUGUUCUGACUGUGAAAUGUGUUGUAAAAGCAGAAGUGAUCUGCGGAAACAUCAACGCACUCACAACAGGGAGAAACUGUUCAUCUGCCCCCUGUGUGGGAAAAGAUUCGCUCACUCAUCCAACCUAGUGAAACACCAGAUCACUCACUCAGGAGAGAGGCCGUUCACCUGCUCCAUCUGUAUGAAGGCAUUUACUCAGUCAUCCAGCCUCCGAAAGCACAUUCGAGUUCACACGGGGGAGAGGCCAUACACCUGUCCUGUGUGUGGGAAGGGAUUCACUCAGUCAGGCAGCCUCUGGAACCACCAACGAAUUCACACCAGAGAGAGACCGUUCGCCUGUCCUGUGUGUGGGAAGGGAUUUGCUCAGUCAGGCAGCCUCUGGAAUCAUCAGCGAGUUCACAGUGGAGAAAGGCCAUUCACCUGCCCUGUGUGUGGGAAGAGUUUCACUCGUUCUUCUCACCUCACUUCACAUCAGCUACUACACUCUGACAAGAGACAAUUCUGGUGUUCUGACUGUAAUGUGUGUUGCAAGAGCAGAAGUGAUUUGCUGAAACACCAACGAAACCACAUUGGGCAGAGACCAUUCAUCUGCUCAGUGUGCGGAAAGGGCUUUAAGCACUCGUCCAACUUAGUGAAACACCAGUGCACUCAUACAGGGGAGAGACCGUUCAGCUGUUCUGCCUGUGGGAAGACAUUCACUUGGCCAUCCAGCCUCUGGAAACACCAGCACACUCACACAGGGGAGAGACCAUUCAUCUGCUCCAUGUGUGGGAAGGGAUUCACUCAGUCAUCCAGCCUUUGGAAGCACAUGCGAGUUCACACUGGGGAAAGGGCGUUCAUGUGCGGUGUGUGUGGGAAGGCAUUCACUCAGUCCUCCAGCCUGCUGAGGCAUCAGCGAGCUCACAAAUGACUGGAUUUUGUACUCUGCUAUGAUGGUUGCUGUUCACAACCAGGACUGAAUCCUGUUCACUCUGCAAGUUGAGGAUUGUAUAACAUCUUCCUGCACCUGUUCACAGCAAGAGCUGCUGAUUUCCCCCAUCAUUUUCCAUCAGCAUGGAUGUGACUCACCAACUUCAGUGCACGGUGCGGGAUGAUUCAUUGCUGCAUGUCUGAGUGUGAAAUCCUCUGAGAUUACGGGGAGAACUGCUGCAAUGAUUAAUCAAGGUGGGGAUGAAGUUAAUCCAAAGAAGACACUGACCAUGCAGGAUGCUGCCUUCUAACCAGUUGCAUAUUUCCAAAAAGUGCAGUUUUUAUUUCUUCCUGGAUUCCCAACUUUCCUUUGCCUGCGCCAAGUGAAUAGGAGAAAUCUACUGCUAGGAGAAAGGUAACUGGAGCUUUUUAUUUAACAACGUUAGUUUAACUGUUUUUAUUUGUACUUGCGUAUGCCUGUGGGUAUUUUUAGUGGCUGAAUGCUGAAGGACAUAGCUGCCAGAAUGGGUCGGCAGGAAGUAGUGAGAACAUCAACAGGAGGAUAAACUUGCUUGACUUCAUCCUCACCAAUUUGCCUGUGGCAAAGCACAGACAGUGCAUCUGUCCAUGAUCGAAUUGGUAGGAGUCACCACUGCAUGGUCCUUCAGGAGGCAUCUUCACAUUAAGGGCCUUGCCCAUUGUUUAAUAUUGCACUACUGUUGUGCUAAAUGGUCUAGACUCAGAAUAGAUAUGAAAUCUGGGCAUCCAUGUGGUGCUGUGAAUCAUCCAGCAUCAGUUAUGAGGUAUUCCACCAUGAUUAGUAACCUCAUGCAAUAGACAAAAAUGCUGGAGGAGCUCAACAGGUCAGGCAGUACAUUUUAUGUAUUGCUCCAGAUUCCAGCAUCUGCAGAAUUUCUUGUGUCUUAGUAACCUCACGGCCUGCUGUUCUUCUUACACUGGCCUUACAAUCAAAUCAAGGGAUCAACCCUGGUUCAUGAAGUGCAAAGGUGUGUGCUAGGAACUGCAUCAGGCAUGCCAAGCUAACAGGGUUGCACAGCAUGUCUACGUGCAUGCUAAGUAGCUGAAAAAGCAUGCAAUCGACAGAAUUAGGUGAUCUUACAACCAAUGAAUCAGAGCAAAGCUCUGCACUUGUGUCAUGUUUUGUCGUGGCCAAUUAAACAGCAACUAGGAGGAGGACAUUGUGAGAACAUCUCAUUCUCAACAAUGUGGAGCCCAGCAUUUGAAAGAGUGGCCAAGAAUGAAGCAUUCGUCGCCAUAUUCAGGCAAGUCCACUUCCUCCUUAGGUCCUCACCACCACGGAAGCCAGUUGUUUGCUGAUUCAGUCUGAUCUACGUAAUAUCGAGAAAUGUCUGAGAACACUGAAUGCGGACAAAACUCUGGUUGUACUACAUAAUUAGCCUUGGUCUUCCAAUAGAGUGAAAGCACUGGCACUUUCCCAACAAUAUUAGAAGUUGCCCAGAUACAUCCUAUUUGCAAAAAAAGCAGGAAAGAUCCAACCUGGCUAAAUCCAGUCCAAUCAGUCUGCUCUUAAACCAUCACAAAGUGGGUGGAAUGGUGGUGCAGCAGGAAUGCUGCUGCUUCACAGCUCCCUGGACCCAUGUUCAAUCUUGAUCUCUGGUGCUGUUAGUGUGGACUUUGCCUGUUCUCCUGGUGAUGGGGUGGCUUUGCUUAAAGACAUGCUGAUUGGUAGGUUAACUGAUUGCUGUAAAUUACCCCGAUGUGGGUGGGUUGUCUGAGAAUUGUGGGAGAGUUGAUGAGCAUGUAAGAGAGAAUAGGUUACAGGGAAGUAAGUAGGGGAAUAGGAUUGACGCGUUUGGACUAGGCUAACAGUUAACUUUUCUGGGAAUUGUUGUUCAGCUCCUAUGUGCUGAAAAUCCGAAAUAAAAUAGAAAUUACUAGGGAAAUUGCAUGGUACACCAAUCAAUAGCUGUGCAGAGGGAAACAACAUGUCACUUAAAAGACUAGAGGACAUAAUUCUGAUGAAAAGUCAUCAGCCUGAAAUGCUAACUCUGUUUCUCGCUCCACAGAUGCUGCCUGACCUGCUGAGUAUUUCUAGCAUUUUCUUGUUAUUAUUGUUGAUGGUUGUCUGAAACUUCAUUGGGUCUCUUUUGACAAUAAGUGUUAGAAAAUAAAUUCACCUGAGAUUAACAGAGGAGUGACAGAAAUUGGCAGAGGACUGUGGUGAAUUGUGCGGAUUUGCAGGGAGAAGUGGCAUUAGCACCACUGUUCUGUGUAAUACAAAACUAUUAAUUUAGUGGCACAGCUAGUAGAGCUGCUCCCUCACAUCUCAUUGACAUGGGCUCUGCUGCUGUCUGUGUGGAGUUUGCACAUUUUCCCUGUGACUACGUGGGUUCCCUGCAUGCUCUGUUUUCCUCCCAUAUCCUGAAGACAUACUGGUUUGCAGCUUAAGUGGCCAUUUUAAAUUACCCCUCAUGAAGUGGUUAAGAGAAUCCGGAAGAAUCUAAUGGUCAUGUGAGAGAGAAUUGGUUGCAGGGUGGAGGAAUUUGAUGGGAUUGCUCUGAGAGGCAACGUAAAUUCACUGAGCCGAUUGGCCUCCUUCUAGAUGUGAAAAGAUCUAUUAUGAGAAAAUAUGAUAACGAUUCAAGUGGGUUUAAGGGGCAAAAUGUGAGGAUUGCAGAGAGCACAAAACUCAGAAAUGCAGUGAGUAUUAAUGAGCAUAUUGACAGACUUGAAGAACUGAUAAACUGUGCAGACAUAUGGCAGAUUAAAAGUAGCAAAGGCACAGAAUCUGCUCUGGGAAUGGCUCGAUAGCAGAAACAUUGACCAAGUUAGCAUUGUCCUGAAGGACAUAGCUGUCAGAUGUAGUGAGUAAACCAAUGUGAGGGAUACACCCAGAUCUCAUACUCACCAAUUUACUCAUGGCAGCUGCAUUAUCCAUUGUAACACAGAGAAAUGAAUGAUGUUUAGACCUUGUGGAGAUCUUCACAAUGCAGGUGUUUCACCAUCAUGUUGUAUGGGACUUUAAUUGUGCUCAAUGGAAGAGACUCAAAAUUGUUCUUGCAGCUGAGGACUACCCAUCCAUGAGGUGCUGUGGAUCCUCAGCAACAUCAGUAACGUACACCACCACAACCUGUGACCUCAUGGCCCAGUCUAUCCCUCCUGCUGCCAUUACCAUCAAGCCAGGGGAUCAAUUCUGUUUGGUGGAGAGAGCAGAGGGCAUGCUGGGAGCAGCACCAGGGGCAGCAGAAGUAAUGAGAGUAGUGAAACUGCAACCUGAACUGCAAACCUGGAAAAUGGAGCUGAGAAAUCUAACAACCCAUGUAAAUCUUACAACAGUAAAGCUCUUCUGCCAUACCAGAUCUAGGCAUGAAUGGAGGUGAACAAUUCAACAGCUGAUGAGAGGAGGAUGUCCCAAGGAUGUCCCCAUCUUCAAUUAUGGUGGGACUCAAUGUGAAAAUGCCAAAUACAGGACUUGAAGCAUUCUACACCAUGUUUAGUCAGAGGUUCGGGUUGAAUGAUCCAUUGCAGUUUCCUCCUGAGACCGUCACCAUCACAGAAGAUGGUUCUCAGUCAAUUGGAUUUACUCCACAGGAUACCAAGAAAUGUCUGAAAGCACUGGAUACAGCAAUGGCAAUGGAAUCAAACGAAGUCCCAGUGGUUAGUGGAGUGCACCUAUUGACACCUGAAUAGGCAAUGUGUAGAAGGAUACUGACCUAAUGUGGACAAAUGGGUUUAGUUUGUAUGGCAAAAUUGUUGCCAUGGAUGUGAUGGGCCAAAGGCCCUGUUUCUGUGUUGUAUGACACUGACUCCAGCCAAGUGCUUCCAAUAUACUUACAAUCCUGGCAUCUAACUGACAAUUUGGAAAAAUUCCCACAUAUGUCAGGUUCCAGAAAAGCAGAACAGAUGCAAUCCAGCCAUUAGGACUCAAUCAGUGCCUGUGAUGCUGCUGCAAGUAAGUUUUUCAUUGCACCUGUGCAUACAUGUACUUGGGCAUAUGACAAUAAACUUGACUUUGACUUUGAUCAGUCCACUCCAGACCUCAUCACAUUCUUGGUCCAAACCCAGACUAAUAAGCUGAAUUCCACUGGUGAAGUGAGAGUAAUGAUCCUUGACAUAAAGGCAUCAUUUGACCGAGUGUGCCAUCGGAGAGAUGUCAAAGAAUAUUGAGGAAAUAAAAUUUCAACAGUUGAAACCAUACCUCCUCAUACAUAGGAAGAUGACUGUGGUCAAUGGACAUCAUUACAGGAUAGUGUUGUUGCCCAAUUAUUUUCAACUCCUUCAUGAAGAACUUUCUUCACCAUAAUGUCAGAAGCAGAGAAUUCACUGGUGAUUGCACAGUGGUCAAUUCCAUUCCAUAUUUUCCUUCUGAGAUAGGAGACCAUUAUAGUACUGAAUCUACAGUAUGCCUGCCCACAGGAUAAUCCUAUUUCAAUACUACUCACUUCACCUCACUCCCAGAUUCCACCACCCAUCUACACAGAAGAGGCAAUUUACAGUGGUAAAUUAAUCUACCAAUCCACAUGUCUUUGGGAUGUGGGAGGAAACCCAUGCGGUCACACGGACAAUGUGUAAACCCCACAUCACUAGAGAUCAGUAUUAAAUCCAGAUUGCUACAACUGUGAGGUAGCAAUUCUGCUAGCUUCACCACGAUGUUUCAACUCAUUAGCAAAAGAUCCAGUUCAUACCUGCAUGCAGCAGAACCUGGACAACAUUCAGACUGAAAAGUGGCAAGUAACCUCCCACUGCAAAACUGCCAGGCGGUGAUCAUGACUAAUUUAAUAGUGCAAGCCUCUAUUCUUCAAGAUCAAUCUGGGUGACACGGUUGACCAGAAGCUUGACAGAUCCAGCAAUGGUUCCAAGAGAAGGUAAGACACGGGGUAUUCUGUCGUGUCUUCUUAUCUCCUAACACCACAAAGCCUUCCCAUCAUCAGCGAGGGUCAUGAUGGAAUACACUCCACUCCUGUCGAUGAGUGCAGCUUCAACAACUCAAAACCAUCUUGGACAAAGCUGAUUUGUUACUGAAGGAGGGAUCUCCAGAAAUCAUAAGAAAAUUGGGAGAGUUUAUAAUAAGGUUAAGGUAAAUGCUGCACAAACUGUAAAAAGAUUAUGGGAAAUUAGGCCAAUAGUGAAGGUAGCUUAAAGAUCAUGUUAGAAGAUGCAGCGCAGUAUUUAGAUUGCAAGGCAUAGCUAACUGGAGCAAAGAUAAACAUAUGGCGGUUGACAUGCAGACUAAGUGCAGAAGAGCUGAUCAUAAAAUAAGUGGUGUCACAACAGAAAGGACCAUAAAUUAGAGCACCUAAUUAGCGAGGGUGUGGGGAAAUUAGCUGUUAGACAAAUCCCAGCCAUCAGACAGAUAGCGGCAACUCUCGCAGAGAUAAUGAAUGAUCAACUAUUACAAAGAAAAGUAGGUUACUCAUGAAGUAGUGUGAACCUAUGGUGUAUGUAACCAUUGUAAUGUGAAUACAAUGAAUUACUGGAAGUCUUUUGGGUCUGUGGAGUACCUUUAAGUUCUCACUCAAUGUGCUUCCCUGUGUAGACUGUAAUAAAGCCUGAAUAAAAUGACUUGGUCAAGAAAGUCACCAUUGAUGUAUGAGAUUUUCUCUGUGUGCUGUCCCAACCUGAGCUGCAGUUAAGAGGGUUAGUGUUCUCCCCAUUGCCAGUCACUUCUGUUACGGACUCAGUGAAAGUCCCUUUAAGAUAGAGAGUGUGUGUGUAUGUGUGUGUGGGGCGUGCUUACGUCAAUAGAAGAUAAAGGACGUAAUGACGUUGUUGAAGAAGUUAGAAGAAGAAGAAAAAGAGAGAGAGAAGGGAGAGAGACACCAGCCUGCUUGUUUUUCUCUAUCGAUGGAUGAGAAACAAUAACUGUGUUUACCACUGAAAUCCAUGUAUGGAAAAGUUGGAAGUAAUCCGGUGGAGUUCACUUUGUUGCUGACCUGUAGAAGGAAACAGGUAUUUGUGUGUGGACGACCACGGUUCGGAUGCUUUUCGGGGUGAGGAAGUCACUACCGAGUAAACACUGAAGUGUCGUUUGGGUUCCAUCGUGGAACAUUUGGAUUUCGUAUGUACUCUCUCUAUGUUUUUCUACAUCUACAUCUUAUCUUCAGACAACGGUGGUUGUUGUAGAAGCCCUUGCCCAUGUUUCACCUUAUGGCUUGC